UCUAGUUUUGAUAUAUCAAAUUUUUAUAACAUUUCUUUAUUUAGAUUAUAUUUAAUUUAUGGUCAAAGCGAGCAACUAUUUGACUAAAAAUACAUUAAAAUGAGUAAUGUUUUGUGAGACGGAAGGAGUAUGUGUUCAAAUUUUUAUGUUUUGAAUUAUUCACAAUAAUUUGCCAAAUUCCAAAAGUUUUAAAUUUGUAAUUUUUUGAAUUUUUUCGAGUGAAUCCAAAUAAUUAUGGGACCUAGAACCAUAAACUCCCCGUGGUGCAUAAACCAUCCAAUUCCAAAACUAUUCUACUCUCUGCAAAUCUUAGAUCACUACCAAAAUGGCGGCCAAUUCACAUGCAACAGAGCUUCCCGUAAGGCUUUUGGAUGGGCGGCGAGGGACACCUCCGCAGUUCUCUCUCCUUUCAACUUCUCCAGAAGGGAAACAGGGGAGAAGGAUGUUCAAUUCAAGGUUUUGUAUUGUGGAAUUUGCCACUCAGAUCUUCACAUGCUUAAGAACGAGUGGGGUUUCACCACAUACCCCGUUGUUGCCGGGCACGAAAUUGUUGGGGUGGUGACUGAUGUCGGGAGCAAGGUUGAGAGAUUUAAGGUCGGAGACAAAGUUGGGGUGGGAGGUCUGGUCGGAUCCUGUCGCCAUUGCGAACACUGUGCAAGCGAUCUAGAGAACUAUUGCCCCACAAGUGUAGGGACUUACAAUGAUUUAAGAUCCACCACUUACGGUGGUUUCUCCGACUUCAUGGUCUGUGAUGAGCACUUUGUUCUCAAAUGGCCUGAAAAUUUGCCUAUGGAGGCUGCUCCCCUGCUGUGCGCCGGGAUCACAACUUACAGCCCAUUGAAAUACUUCGGACUGGACAAGCCAGGAAUGAACAUCGGAGUUGUGGGCCUGGGUGGUCUUGGCCAUAUGUUUGUCAAGUACGCCAAGGCUUUUGGGUCCAAGGUGACUGUCAUCAGCACCUCUGCCGGUAAAAAGGAAGAGGCCAUCGAGCGUCUUGGUGCUGAUUCCUUCUUGGUCAGCCGUGACCCUGAACAGAUGCAGGCUGCAGCGAGCACACUUGAUGGCGUAAUAGACACAGUUUCUGCGGUUCAUCCAAUUUUGCCCCUACUAAGGUUGUUGAAGACCAAUGGAAAGCUUGUAUUGGUUGGUGCCCCGGAGAAACCCCUUGACUUGCCGGCGUUUCCCUUGAUCAUGGGCCGGAAACUAGUUGCCGGAAGUUGUAUUGGAGGAAUAAAAGAGACUCAAGAAAUGCUCGACUUCUCUGCAAAGCAUAACAUCACGCCCAAUGUUGAGAUUGUGCCCAUGGACUAUAUCAACACCGCCAUGGAACGCCUCGCCAUAGCAGACGUGAAAUACAGAUUUGUAUUGGACAUUGGCAAAACACUAAAAUCUGCUUGAAAGAUAUGGUGUUCAGAUGCAUGUCUUGGGCGGAUCUGAGUCUUUUUAAAUUGUAGUGAUGCCAUGUGGCAUCCAUGUGUUCAAUAUUUGCUGAGUGUAUUGGUCAUUUGUCUGCUUGUCAUCAAUUGAGUUUCUACCCUAUCGUCUUCUAUCGGCUAUCUCUACGGCAGAGUUCUUGAGGUCC